UCGUCGGGUUCUCAGCCUAAGCCAUAAAUUUCCACCAACCACCCAUGAAUACGAAAUCGAAUAGGAUAUGAGUUAGUUUGAUCCGAGCAGAGUUAUGAGUUGGCUUGCCCAUUGAUGGAGAUGAAAUCACUAUUACCUCUUCUUCGCAUGCACUUCGAUAUUAACGAAUGCUUCCUUCUUAUCCUACCUCGUUUGACCAAUUCAUUUUCCUCUAGUCUCUCUUCCUCUUUCAUCGCUAAUUCUCAGAGACUAGGAGCCAUUCCUUACCAGAAAACAACUACUUCUUCACAGGUUAAAGCCUUGUGAUUCUGUAGCUGAAGAUGGGGAAAAAGCGUGUGAUGGUGCCAGUGGAACAGGUUGACUUAUCCACUGUCAAAUAUGAACAAGAGGGUAUCCAAGCUCCACACUUGACUGGAUUCCUGUUUAGGUUCUUUGUUCUGAUUGUUGAAGCACCACUGAUAGGGCCUUUGAUAAUAUCUACACUGCGGAAGUCGAAUAAGAUUGAUGAGUUGUUGCGGAACACUGUGAUACCAGAAGAACCCAUGUUCAAACCUGAAUAUCCACCUCAAGAAAAGGAACCUGGUGUUGUCAUUCUUGAUGAAGAUGGGAGACCUGAUGAUCGAGUUGAAGCUGCGUUGAAUUGUCUUCCGCAUUAUGAUCCUGCUGCAUGCUGGGGGAAUUCCUCUUUGCCAUUUCGGUACUGGAAAAUACGUGAUUAUGCUUAUGCUUAUCGAUCAGGAAAAGUAACACCAUCUAUGGUAGCAGAGAAUAUCAUUUCUGUUAUAGAGGAGAUCAGUAAUAAGAAACCCCGGGAACCACUAUUGAUAUCUUUUGAUGCUGAGGAAGUCAGGAGGCAGGCAGCUGCAUCUACUCACAGAUUUGAAGCAGGAAAUCCAUUAUCUAUUUUGGAUGGAAUUUUCAUGGCCAUUAAGGAUGACAUAGAUUGCUACCCCCAUCCAUCUAAGGGUAAGUUAAUAUUUCUUUUAGUGAAUAAAUAUAAAAAAUAUUUAUAUUAUUUCAUGGUGGCGAUAGGUGCUACUACAUGGAUGCAUGAGGUACGCACUGUUAAAAAGGAUGCUGUCUGUGUUUCAAGGCUGCGCAGCUGUGGCGUCAUAUUUGUGGGGAAGGCAAAUAUGCAUGAGUUGGGCAUGGGAACGACAGGGAAUAAUCCUAAUUACGGAACUACAAGAAAUCCUCAUGCACCUGAUAGGUAUACUGGUGGAUCUUCUUCAGGUCCAGCUGCAAUUGUAGCUUCUGGACUUUGUCCUGCUGCACUGGGAACUGAUGGGGGAGGUUCAGUCCGCAUUCCUUCUUCCCUUUGUGGUGUAGUGGGGUUAAAGACAACAUAUGGACGGACAGAUAUGAAAGGGUCAUUAUGUGAUUCUGGGACUGUGGAAAUUAUUGGACCCAUUGCUUCAACAGUGGAGGAUGUCAUGCUAGUGUAUGCAGCAAUGUUGGGUUCAUCACUUGCAAACAAAAUCAGUAUGAGACCGUCACCACCUUGUUUGCCAAACCUGUCAUCCUAUGAUGAUUCAAAUACUUUGAGAUCAUUGCAACUAGGAAAGUACACUCCGUGGUUUAAUGAUGUGCAUUCAACAGAAAUCUCUGAUAAGUGUGAGGAUGCUCUUAAUCUGCUAUCAAAAAAUUAUGGUUGUGAAACAGUAGAGAUUGUGGUACCAGAGCUUCAUGAGAUGCGAACUGCGCAUGUUGUUUCCAUUGGCUCUGAAUGCAUAUCAUCAUUAAACCCUGAUUGUCUGGACGGGAAAGGGACAAGAUUGACAUAUGAUACCCGUACAAGUGUGGCACUUUUUCGAUCAUUUACAGCAGGAGAUUAUGUUGCAGCUCAAUGUCUCAGACGAAGGCUCAUGCAUUACCAUAUGGAGAUUUUCAAGAAAGUGGAUGUUAUAGUGACUCCAACAACUGGCAUGACGGCACCUAAAAUACCACCAAGUGCUCUCAAAAGUGGUGAGACAGAUAUUCCGGUUACAGGUUAUCUCAUGCGUUUUGCUGUAACAGCAAAUCUUCUUGGGUUCCCUGCAAUUACUGUCCCUGUUGGUUAUGACAAAGAAGGACUUCCGAUAGGCUUGCAACUAAUAGGUCGACCAUGGGCAGAAGCUACGAUUCUGCGUCUAGCUUCUGCAGUUGAGAAACUCUGCGGCGAGACGAAGACAAAGCCUGUACAAUUCUAUGAUGUCCUGAGAGCAAACUGAAGCUGCGUUUAUCACAGCUAAAGCCUCUGCUGUAUCCGUCAUUCGUCAGUUAUUAUGUGGACAGUAUGUUUGAUUCUCUGGACAUCCCAUGUCUUUGAAUGAUGCUAUGAUUUUACGAAUACUUCCUGGGAAAUAUUUUCUGCAGAUAAGAGUUGGUAAUAACUUCAAGAUAAAACGUUGAUCUUGAAAUAUGAAAUGGGAAAAACAUAUUAUUCUUCUUGAAUACCGUUAAAUAUGUUACAAAAAUUACACUCUGAUUCAGAUACAGUUAUCAAUUCAAUGUCUCACUGGUAUAAGUAAUACAUACUUCCUCCAGUCCAUAAUAUGGAAUAUUUUCUGUAA